AUGCUCUUGUCUCGCGUUCUUGUCGCUGGUCUCUUCUUCAGCUCGACCUCUCUUGCAGCACCCAUCCCAAUGAGUAUUGGAGCGGUGGCAAAAGCCGCAAAAGCCGUUACGGGCUUUGUGACCCACAAGAGCGGUGGAGGCAGUUCACCUGUUUCGCACAUUGCCAGCUCUAUCAGUCACCAUUCAGGCUCUCCCAGUCACCACGCGAGCGGCAGCAGCACUGGCGGUCAUAGUCCGCACCUGCAAAACAAGGGACCAGCGACACCAGGUCUCCACCAUUCGAGCAGCACGCCGAAUCUCCAUCACUCGGGCGGUGCGCCACCAGCUCUUCACCACUCGAACAGUGCACCACCAGCUCUCCAUCACUCGAACAGCGUCUCGUCGCACCACUCGGACACUUCGUCGCACCACUCAGAUACUUCGUCACACCACUCGGGCACUUCUUCACACCACUCCGACAAUUCGUCACAUCACUCGAGCACUUCGUCACACCACUCCGACACCCAUUCGUCGCAUCCCGAGCAGAAGCAACUACACAAGUCGGAGAAGGCGUCCAAUUGGUCAAAGGUCGGCGAACCGUUUACGAAUGGUGCGUUCAAUCUGGCAUCGACCGCGAUGUCGGCGCAUGCUCAGCAACAGGCGGCAAAGACAACGGCGGAUGGUGCACGGGACGCCGCUCGUAUCAACGCACAAGGAGCCGUCGACGCGGCCAAUGUCAGAGCACACCAGUAA